AUGGGCAUUGGCUUGGAAGGCGUGACCAACUUGGGGAGCAGCACUAAAGAAAUCGUCGACCAGAGUCAAAAGGUCUCCCAGAUGCUCCCAACGGUCAAGACUUUGACAACUGAGUUGCUCGGCGCCGCUCCGAAAAAGAGCAAUGAGCUUAUCAAGGCUGUUGAAGAGUCCACCAAUGCCGGCGAGGCAAUCACUAAAUCCCUCAUAGCCAUCAACGCAAAAGUCGAUGACGCCAAAUGGGACCCAGCUUCGGACAGCCUAGCGGUUGGGGCGAUUCCGAAGCUAGCCGAGCAAGCCAACCAAGCCCAUGUUGAAGAAGCGGGCAGAGCGAGCGCAGUGAAGGUGGACGGCAAGAGCGGCAAGGCGCCUGUGGACGCAAACGCCGCAAUAGCGUUGAGCAACUAG